AUGAACGGACUGACCUCAGAGCGACAGGUAGCGCAUCCGAUCAUCCCGACUACUCCAUCUUCCUAUGACGUUGAAAAACGACGAGUUCUCGUCAAAACAAUUUCCAGUGCUGUUGGUGUGGGUGUGGCUGUGGGUGUCUUCUCUCAUCAACAAGAACCCUUGCAGUAUCGGAGCGCUGCUGACCUCACCUCAUUACAGAGUGUGGACAAGUGUAGUGAUGAUCUGACUGACCCCCAGAACGACAGGAAAUUCGGUGAUCAUUCGAUAGUAGACGAGGUCAAACCUCAUGCAACACACAAGCACGGGCCGUCCGAGACUCCUCCUCAAUACCUUGCGCUCUUUGCACUUUCGAUAGUCGUAGUUGGCGACCACAAUUGUGGCAAGUCAUGCAUAUUACUGCGAUUUUCCGAGAACACAUUCCGAACGGACCACGUCAGUACACUUGGUGUCGAUUUCAAACUAAAAACUAUCAAACUCGGGCGUGAUAAGGUAACUGUCCGCAAUUGCACACAGUUUACGUUUUUUUUUCUCAGUGAAUGGUUUCCCAUUUUCGUUUUCAUUGCAGCUUUCUUAUAUCUGCCGUUUUCUCGAUAA